GAGAUAGAGUCAGAAAAAGAGAGUUCGGACUCUCUCUCUCUCUGUAUCCGUAUCUCUCUCCUUUUCUGCUUUAUCUUUGCAGAUCCAAUGAGAAGAAAGAACAGUCCCCACAUGAAUUCAAAAUUAUGCUUUCAAUCAAGAGACUGAUUGAUCCCUAAAUAGAGUGUCGUCUUUCUCAAAGUUGAUCGAAACCCUAAAAGGGAAAGGAGAGGCGAAAUGGCGACGAGGGGUAGUAGAUCAGAGAAGGUGAAGAGGAUUUUCCAGCAAUUCGAUGCGAAUCGAGACGGGGGUCUCAACAGGGACGAAAUGGAGGCUCUCGUCGUGGCGGUGAACCCUAGGGUUAAGUUCAGCGAAGAGCAAAUCAACGCCAUUCUUGACGAGGUGUUUAGGACAUACGGCGAGUUCAUCGACGGCGAGAAGGGCUUGACCUACGAGGGGCUUUUGCGGACUUAUGACGACGGUGCUGGCGAUGUGGACCGUGACUUCGACGCGCUGGAGCUCGAGCUCAAUUUGGAGGAGAAUAUUAAGGGUAUUUCUGGAGCGUCCUCGUCUUCCAUAGCGGAUGAGCGCGCCAUCGAGUCCCAGAAGAAGCAGAGGACCGCGGCGUGGGCGGUCUCGCCCAACCACGGCAUAGUAUUCGAUGACACGUGGAAAAUCGUCGACGAUUUGGAGAUUCUGAUCAAGAGGUUGAAGGCUAAGCAAGCGAAAGAUGGGAAAUUGAAAGGGGAUAAUUUCGACGCGUACUCGGACGCAGGGUGGUCGAGAGAAUUGGGGCCUUCGACGGAGAUUUCGGACAAAAGGGUAUUCUGGGAAGAGUCUGGGCAUGACUACGUGCUGUUUGUGAAGGAAUUGGGGGUUCUUAGAAGCCGAGCCGAUGGGGCGAGGUCGAGAGAGGAGGCCUUUGAUGGCCACAUGGCCAUUGGUCGAGCUUUGUAUGAGCACCAGCUGUUUAGGGAGGCUUUGGUUAGUUUCAAGAGGGCUUGUGAGUUGCAACCCGUGGAUGUGAGGCCUCAUUUCAGAACUGGGAACUGCUAUUACGUACUUGGCAAAUAUAAGGAGGCCAAGGAGGAGUUUUUGUUGGCGCAGGAGGCAGCUGAAGCGGGCGGGAACCAGUGGGCCUAUUUGCUUCCGCAGAUUUAUGUGAAUCUCGGUAUUGCGCUGGAAGGCGAAGGUAUGGUUCUAAGUGCUUGUGAGUAUUACAGGGAAGCUGCAAUUCUUUGUCCUACGCAUUUUAGAGCUUUGAAACUUUUGGGUAGUGCUUUGUUUGGAGUCGGGGAAUAUAGGGCGGCCGUGAAGGCCUUAGAAGAGGCUAUAUUUAUGAAAGCAGAUUACGCCGAUGCAUAUUGUGAUUUGGGUUCGGCUUUGCAUGCUAUUUGUGAGGAUGAGAGGGCAAUCGAGGUGUUUCAGAAGGCUAUUGAUUUGAAACCUGGUCAUGUCGAUGCUCUGUACAAUUUGGGUGGGCUUUAUAUGGACUUGGGCAGGUUUCCAAGAGCUUCUGAGAUGUAUACUAGGGUCUUAGCUGUGUGGCCGAAUCAUUGGAGGGCACAGCUCAACAAGGCUGUAUCCUUGUUGGGGGCUGGGGAAACUGAAGAUGCUAAGAAAGCCUUGAAGGAAGCCUUGAAAAUGACAAACAGGGUUGAGCUGCAUGAUGCAAUAUCCCAUUUGAAGCAACUGCAGAAGAAGAAGGUGAAGUCUAAUGGGGGCAAUGGGGAGGGGGCAUUUGUUACUGUGGAGCCCUCAAAAUUUAAGACUGUGGGGGAGAACACUAUGUUGAGACCAGACUUGGCUAAUGCUCUUCAAAUUAGGGCUUUCCAGAGGAUUACUAGGUUGGGUCGCUGUCAUGUAGACCUUCUGAUGAAGGAAAUGCUUGAUGGUGACGUGCCGGUGUCCUAUUCUGGUAGUGGUGUUCCUGAGAAAUCCAUUCGCAAGCCUAAAUUGGAAGAAGUUCUUCACCGUUUACUCAGUUUUCUAAAGCCCGAGACCUUCCAAGGAGCUGUCAAAGCCAUAAACGAGAGGAUACUCUCUGUUCUGGAUGAUGCAGGCUCAGGCAGGGUGGAUUUGGGCAUGUUUUUUGCAGUCGUGGCCCCCAUUUGUGGUGGCCCUCCAGAUAAGCGUAAACGUGUUGCUUUUGAUGCACUUUUGUGGCGUCCUGUGAAUGAAGGCAUUUCGCAGAUUAAAAAGGUUGAUGCUGCUAGAUACAUCAAAUUGUUGAGGGCUAUUUAUGUCCCUUCUCAUGGGGUUAGUGAGAUGCUGGAGGUCCAUGGAGAAAUGGAUGCCUCAAACUCGUUGGUGUCUUACACUGAGUUUCUUGUAAUGUUUGAUGAUCCUGACUGGGGGUUUGGUAUCAUGCCCACUCUGUUGAAGCUUGAAACCAGGGAUAGGAACCGGCAUGGCCAGCAUGUUUGUUCAGUUUGCCGCUAUCCAAUUAUUGGGUCCCGCUUCAAGGAGAUGAAAUCUUAUUUUAGUCUAUGUAAUCAAUGUUACAGCGAGGGAAAGGUGCCUUCUACCUACAAGCAGGAAGAGUACAGAUUCAAAGAGUAUGGAAGUGAGGCUGAAGCAAUGAAAGAUAAGUGCAUGUGCUUUAAUAUGCAAUCCCGUAAUGAUCCUUAGCUAGGAUACUUGGGUAGUUCUUCUGUAUUAUUCCAUCAGGUGGUUCUAGCUGCCAAGUGUGAGAUAUAUAGUCGUCAAUGUGUUCAGCAAGCAUCAUGGCUUUGUAUGAUUAAAUGUUUCGAGUGGUUGAGCUGAUACUGCUGUUCUCUAAUAGCUACCAAAGAAACUCCCUUCCUUUCCCUAUUUUCAUCCCCAAACACUUGAGAGGUGUACAUUACCUUUAUGGCUUGUGAUUCUUUAUGUAGAGUUUAUUUUGAAUUGAUUAAGUUCAGAUAUGGAUGUUGGUGGCUUUCUGUCAAGUGUAUUGUUAUAAGCCAAAAAUUCUACUAGCAAAUGGAGAUACAAAUGUCUGUAUUUUGGCA